AGCGUGACUUCAUAGUUGUGUCUUCUUCGAAGCUUGGAGUCGCUACAGCUUGGGCAUUUCAACCUUUUUAUUGGCUUAUCAACUUUGACCAGUUAGGCCAGCAUGAUUGUGGCUGGUCUUCUUGCUUCCAUCCAUAAUGAGUCCUUUUUUUCUAUAGCUCACCAGUGGCUCCAUAACUUGUUUUCCUAAAAAAAUCAUGUUUAACACUAUAGAUGGUAGAAGGAUUACCAUAUUCUGGAUAGAUGUGUCAUGUUAACAUCUUCCUCAUGUGUCACUAACCCCAAGUCAGUACCGUACAAAAUAAUUAAUGAUUUGUGUUUGGUAAUCUUCCAACUAUUCACAUUUACAUAAAAAAUCCGGAUACAUGGUACUAAAUGAAAAUAGGUUCUGAUUUAAGUUCACGUGAAGAAUUGGAACAUCUGGAGUAUAGAACAUGUUGGCAAAAGUGCACAACCAUGUUUCCAGAACUCCAACCUUCUUGUUUAACGCAAUGAUAUGCAGUUCUCUUGCAUGCUUAUUUCCUGAGUCCAUGGAAGAUAGCCCCAGGAAUGCAGGAAACAGUUCCUUAUCUUGUGCUUUGUUUAUCAGUAUACUAGGCUGCUGAUUCAAAAUGACAAGAAUUAUGAUCUGCAAGAUGGAAUUAAGUGAAUGGUAUAAGAGUAAGACUUGGAAUGGUUCAGACUUUCGGAAGCCAGGUUAGACGUGUAUUUGGAUCUAGAUCGGUGACUACUGCAGCUUCCUUGAAAUAGCAAGUACCACCAUGUUUCUUGGUCUUUUUCCAAUAGCUGUUGAAGGCAUAGAUGCAUCGUGCAUGGUCUCUGACAGUAUUGGGAAGAUACCAAGUUUUGUUUGACUGAAUCAUGGUGCAGUCUGCACCACCGGGACUGCAUGGUCAGUCAAGAGCUUUCUUCAAGACAUCAUCUGUUGUUUUUCAUCUGCUAUGCGUCAUUGCUUCUCCCAAUUUCAGCCAUCUGGUUGCGUGGAAAGGCAAAAUUGUUUCUCAAAUGAUUGUAACUAUUUUUCUAGGAGGCAUUAAUUUGUUUCAGUUAUUCUAUCCUUUCAUUCCCAUGUUCAUAUGUGAUUUGCAUCUACUUGAGAAUUAAGACAAAACAUUGGUAAUAUAUUUGUGAUGCAUCAAUGUGGUGUUAGUGAUUAUACUGCUUCUACCAUCUGCUCUAAUACCUUUGUGCUCCCCCCUUUUUUCCUUCUUAAAUGAAAUGACGCGCAGUCCUCAUGCGCCGUUCAAGAAAAAAAAAGAUAUAUCUUGUUAGCAUACCAUGAAUAUGAAUAGGAAAGGGGAUUAUCAAUUGAGGCUCAAAUACUUAGGCUUGUUCUAGAAUCUGGAAUCAAUGAUUGUAACAACUUGAUACUGUGAUAGGAAUUUUUUUUGUGGGUGCAGCUAGAAUUCUGCAUAUCUUCUUAAACGCUUAUUGUAAAUCAGUAUGUAUCGUUCCAUAUUUCCAUGAAACUUCUAUUACCUCAUCUGGUAUCAAAUUCGAUAAACAUGUUUCAUGUUUAUAUAUUUUAUUUUAGCAUUUACCAUCAGCUUUUAACUUGGCGGUUUUCAUGGUUGCUCAGAUUUAACUUAUCACAUUCCAGACUGAUGACUUGCAGACCAGAAACUUGAGUUUUAUGUUACUUUCAAAUUUUUCGAUAAAAAACACAACAUAAUUAUGGACUAUUGGGAAAAAGAGCAGAUGAUCCUUCUGGAAACAGAAUCAAGCAUCCUCUUACCUUGCUGAGCUGAUGCUGCAAGGAAGCAGAAGAUCAAGUAAAGGAGUAGUUCAUCCUUGCUGCAGCACGCUUCUUUAGAUCCCAACUCUUCACUCUGCCAGCAUUUGAUGCAAAGCAAGUUAAAGGUUGUUCCUUUCGUUAUGAUGCUCCCUUGACAAGGCAGGAAUCUGAUGCUUCUCCACAUGUUGUCUCUUUCCACGCCACCUUCAGUAUUGGAUUGUGUGACGUCUGACUGCAAAAAAGCAUAUUGUUCCAUAACAAUAUACAUCUGAAUUCUCCUUGCAGGGUAAAGAUAGCCUCUGUCUUUGCUUCCUCGCCCUUAUUCAUCUAUCAAUCCUCCAUUUCCUCCUAAGCAUGGGUGACAAGAUGAUCACGAUAGUGUCACCUUCUAAGAGGGAGCAUACCAUAGAUAUUCUAGAUAUUGAUUUGCAGGCCUCCAAGGAUGUGGAGAACAUUGUGUUCUACCAGGUUCCAGCAAACUUGGGAUCAGGCUUGUCCAUGGAAUGUGAGAGAUCACUAAGAGUUCAUGUCUGCACAGACAACAGUGAAGUCAACUUCCUGCACAUUUUUCUUCGUCACCUUGUGGAGUACAAAGAGAAGUACAGGAAUUUGAUGGACCUCCUAUUCCAUGGUAUAGAAUGGCAGAUUGAAGGUUUGCAACUUCUCUGUUCAUUUUUAGGCCCUGGCUCGGGUGUGAAGCAGGUGGAAUUCAAGAAGAAUGUUUUCAGCAAAAAUUCAGCAUCUGCUUUUGUUCCACUCUCUGAAAUGCUUCACAAGAACAACACCAUCAAAGCAGUUGUUUUCUCUGAAUGUAAAAUUGGAUCCACUGGAGCCAUGUUGCUUGCUUCAGCUUUGGCAAACAACAGAAGCAUGGAGGAGUUCCAAAUAUGGGAGGACUCCAUAGGCUCCAAGGGGGCUGAGGCACUCUCCAUGAUGAUUGAGGUGAAUUAUAUGCUGAGGAAGUUGAUUAUACUUGACAACAGCCCCAUUACAGUGGCUCCGCUUAUCUCUGCUGUGCUGGCACGCAACCGCAUAGUGGAGGUUCACAUAUGGGGACACAGUCGUGGCACUAAAGGUUGCAUGGACAGCUGUAAAAUUGUUGAGUUCCUGCCAGAGACUGGGUGCAUGAGGAUCUACAACAACAUUAACUCCACAGGGUUGCAACGAAUUGCUUGUGCUCUGGCAUGGAAUACCACAGUGACGACACUAGACAUGUCUAGUAUCCCACUAAAGUCCAAAUGGACCAAAGAGCUUAGGGCGGUCCUUGAACGGAAUAGGAGCCUGAAAACUGUCAAGCUUAGCAAGUGUUCCCUUGGGGACAAAGCAGUGGUGUAUAUAGCUGCAGGGCUCUUCAAGAACAGCUAUUUAGAGAGCUUGAGUUUGGAUGGAAAUAGAUUUGGUGGACUAGGGUUGGAGCAUUUGCUAUGCCCUCUUAGCACCUUUUCUCCACUUCAGAGACAAGCCAAUACCACAUUGAAGGUUUUGAGUUUUGGAGGACAGCAAGCGAAUAUAGGCAGGUAUGGUGUAACUGCAAUCUUGCAGAUGUUGGAGACAAACCAGAGCCUAAUUCAGCUGGCAAUAUGCAAUGAUGCAAGCUUGAAGCCGAAUGAUGUAGUCAAAAUCUUUACUAGUUUAGAGAGGAAUGCCACUCUUCGAAGCUUGUCUUUGAGAGGCUGCAAGGGAGUUGAAGGGGAGAUAAUCCUGCAGACCAUUAUGGCAACUUUAGAGGUUAAUCCUUGGAUUGAAGAAAUUGACCUGCACGGAACUCCUUUGCACGUUGCUGGUAAAACAGACCAAAUCUAUGAGAAGCUCUGUCAGAACGGGGAUCAUGUUCUGCCAAAUGAUUUUCUCAAUUUGCCACUAAGUGCUCCUACUUGCUGUCGAGUUUUUCUAUGUGGCCAGGAAUCAGCAGGUAAAAGCACUCUACAUAACUCGAUAAUUGAGUGCAUGAACCCAUUAAAGUCAACUCGUACGGAUGUAAUAAGUACUUUGAAGACUCCAAUUGAGAAAAUGGCGUGCUCCAACGAGAAUAAAACUAAUGCUUUCUUCGAUGGGAACACAAAAUUGACAAUGUGUAAUCUUGGUGGGAAUGAGGAGAGUUUUGCCUUGAAUGAUUUUAUGUUUUUGGUGCAUGGUGGUCCGUGUUUCUUCAUGAUUAUAUCUAGCUUGGUCGUAAAGCCUGCUAAUAGGCAUCCCAAAAGCAUAGAUCAGAUUGAAUUGGAGCUGAUAUACUGGCUGAAGUUUUUGGUUUCAUAUGCUAAGAGAGUUUCACCGCUGUUUCUUCCCAAUGUAACUAUAGUUUUCACUCAUUAUGACAAGGUAGCUCAUCUACCAGAAGGGCUAGAGCCAAUUUCUGCACUUGUACAAAGGCUCAGAGAGGACUUCCAUUCAUAUGCAGAGAUUUACCCCACUGUUUUUGCUGUGGAUGCAAGAUCAUUGGUUUCAGUAAGUAGACUCACUCAUCACUUGAGGAUGACAGCUAAGACAAUCCUCCAGCAAGUACCUCGAGUUUAUGAAGUAUGCAAUGAUUUGGUUAGAAUUUUGCAUGAUUGGAGGUUGAAGAAUAAUAAAGCUGUCAUCAAAUGGUCUGAGUUUCGUGACAUAUGUCAGCUCAACGUUCCAGCGCUAAGAUUGAGAUCAAGACGUGAUAAUGUGGAUAAAGUGGACACAAGAAGACGUGCUGUUGCGAAAUCACUGCAUAACUUGGGUGAAAUCAUAUUUUUUGAGGAGCUUGGAGUGCUGAUCAUGGAUUGCAACUGGUUCUGUCGAGAUGUUCUCAACCAACUAGUUACAUUGAAAUCAAUCAAGACAGAAAGAAGUGGCUUUGUCCGCAAACAAGAGCUGGAGAGGAUUCUAGAAGAGAAGCUGUCCAACCAGCUUCAAGGGUCAAACUGGAGAGCUGGUGCAUCCUUCCAGGGCAGUGAUGUCAUAAAUUUGCUGUUGAAACUCGAAUUGUGUUAUGAACAGGAUCCCGGGAACCCAAACACGUUACUUCUAGUACCAGCUAUUCUUGAGGGAAGCAAAGAAGGGACUCAACAGUGGCACUUAAACAUGCCAGAAUGCAGAUAUGUAGGAAGGCGGCUUGAAUGCAAAGAUACACACAUGUUUUUGACAAGUGAUUUCUUUCCGAGGCUUCAGGUUCGUCUGCACAACAAAAUCAUGUGCCUGGGACAACAACAGGGUGCACUCUACGACUUGGAGAAAAACCUUAUCUAUACAGUGAUCAAUGGUGUCCAUGUAAGAGUGGAGCUGGGAAAGAAAGACUCAUCCAUAGGUGUGCUUGCGUGCUCCUGCAAAAGUGUUACUGACAUGGUCAGGAUAUUCCACAAGUUAAUAAUCCCUACCAUAUUAAACUUGUCUUCCAGUUUGAUGUUUGAGGAAAGCAUUAUCAGACCGGACUGUGUGAAGUAUCUCAUACCACAUAGGUUCCUCCAAACACAGCAGCUGCCUCUGAAAAUAAUAAAGCAAAUUCUUUUGUCGUUGCCAGCAGAAAGCAUGUAUGAAUAUGAGCAAACAUGGAGUGCAAUUGAAAGCAAUAAAAGGAUCAUUUUACGAUCAGGAUCAGACCAUGCCAGAGAUAUGCUAUCAGAUGAUGACUUCCAUGAAGUUCUUCACCGAAGGUACUAUGAUCUACAGCACCUCGCAGCUGAACUUGCUGUCACCCCAGACAAUCAGCAGCAACCUGAAAUCAUCCCUGAAACAGAUGUGGUUGAUCCUUCCAUAUUAGGCAUUGCAAAAGGUGUUGAAAUGGUUCUCCAAAGACUGAAGAGAGUGGAACAAGGAAUAAGUGACCUCAAGGACGAAAUUGCAAGCUUAAGGUAUUACGAGUAUCACCUUGUGACUGAACUCCACAGGAAAAUGGACUACGUGAUAAAUUACAACAUACAGUUGGAAGAAAGGAAAGUGCCUCAGAUGUUCUAUCUUGUAAGCCUGGACAACCGGUCCAAACAGCUGGUCACAAGAAUACUGCCUGGGAUGCGGUCCCUACGGGUGCACAUGCUGUGUGAGUUCCGAAGAGAAAUGCAUGUAGUGGAAGACCAGCUCGGCUGUGACCUGAUUCAAGUGGACAACCAAACAGUGAAAUCCUUGCUGCCUUACAUGAGCAAGUUCAUGAAGCUGCUAACCUUCGCUCUCAAGAUCGGCGCACAUUUCAUUGUCGGGAUGGGGGAGAUGAUACCUGACCUGAGCAGGGAAGUGGUGCACCUGCUAGACUCCUCAGUCAUGUAUGGCACAGCUGCAUCGGCCGCGUCAGUGGGGGCUUUAGGUGCAGCAGCACUGUAUGGAAGAGGGAGGAACAGCAGCUACCAAGGUGGCGCAAGCGACAUGGGUGAGGAUAUGAAGACAGCCAGACAAUGGCUUGUGGAUUUCUUGAAAGGGCAAGGGGUUUUGACAGGGAUGGACAUAGCACAGAGGUUUGGCCUGUGGAGGGUUCGGUACAGAGAUGAUGGCCACAUUGCAUGGAUCUGCAGGAAGCACAUGGCCGCAAGGGAAGAGGAGAUCUUCGAGUUGCCACUUUAAAACACCCAGAUCCCCAGUGGUUUCAGUUUUUUUUUAAGAAGCAAUGAAAUGCAAGGACCUUGUGCUUUCAGGUGUGUGUAAUUGUGGGACGAACUAAUGAAUUGCGAUACCCCGAAACCAGGUGUUCCUAGAGCAACUUGUACAUGUAAUUGGCAACUUCACCGGAUCAUAUGCCUACUUUUAUCACCCUGUAACCUGGAUGGUGUUUGUAUUGCUUUUAAAUAUCCAUAAUGCAUAAACGAGACUGCUGCAUACAGUAGAAUUUCGCUU